GAAGCCACCGAUUGAUUGGUGAACACACGCGCUCUCUUCCGGAAAGGCCCCGAAGGCAGGAACUUGGGAAAGGAGUCUGGUCUCUCUACGGGGCUGGGAGGAGCUUGUGCCUGAGCCCGGGGUCCCCAUCCGCUGAGGAGAUGGAUGAGGAUGGGCUUCCUCUCAUGGGGUCAGGCAUAGACCUGACCAAGGUGCCAGCUAUUCAACAGAAAAGAACCGUGGCUUUUCUAAACCAGUUUGUGGUGCACACUGUGCAGUUUCUCAACCGGUUUUCCGCAGUUUGUGAAGAGAAACUGGCAGACCUUUCUCUUCGGAUUCAACAAAUUGAAACAACUCUCAAUAUUUUAGAUGCGAAGCUGUCAUCUAUCCCAGGCCUAGAGGAUGUCACAGUUGACAUGUCUCCUUUAAGUGUCACUGCUGUCACAAACGGAUCACAUUCUGAAACCACUGCUGAGCAACUGCAGCAGAACAGCACGCAAGACUCCGGAGUACAACAAGGUGAAGCGCCAUCAGAAAAUGUCCUAACUGUAGCCAAGGACCCACGAUACGCCAGAUACCUCAAGAUGGUUCAAGUGGGUGUUCCGGUGAUGGCAAUCAGAGACAAGAUGAUCUCAGAAGGACUAGACCCAGAGCUACUGGAGAAGCCAGAUGCUCCGGUGCCGAGUGGCGAAAGUGAAAAAGCCAUAGAAGAAAGUUCAGAGAGUGAGUCUUCCUUCAGUGACUAAACUGCGAGAAUCACAGAACGUGGAAGGGUGGAUUUAUGUUCUAGGAACGAGCGUAAACUCUAGCUCUCGGUGAGAGAAAUCACCACAUGCUAUGCUACAUACCUACCCCAGCCUUUCUGUUUAAAAAUGAUAAUAAAGCAUUUAUAAUCUUUCA